AUGCAUUAUCAUCAUCAUUGUCUAGUAACGUUUAUUAGUACAAUUGUAUGGUUGACAUUUGUACAUGAUGUAACAGGUUCUGGUUUGUUCGACGACGAAACUACCACACCCCCUACAACGACAGCUAAGAGUUCAGGCAACUCCUUGAAACUGUCUUGGAUAACCGUUUCAUCAAGUUCCGUGAUAAUGAUUGGACUGAUCAAUGGUCAUUUAAGAACAUUCAUCUUCUAG